UUGCUAGUGGCGACGUUGAUAUGCGGCCACGCGCUGUUACCUAUGACUGUGGUAAUUAUUAAAACUGCGGGGCUAUUGAACACUGGCGGUGAAAGAGGUUUGAGUUUAGCGGAAAGUAAGAGUAAAACUACAGAAUGGCAGCUAGAAAUCCCAAUUUCUCAACUCAAUAUCAAAACUUUUUAACGGAGUCCUUCAACAAAGAGCGCGAUUCUCGUUUAGCAUGGUUUUUUAACAGAAGUCCAUCUGAUGUGUCAAAGCCGAAACAAAUGGAGGUUUUCAGAAGAAAAAUUGAAGAAAGAUCAAAACCCUCCGAAGCAUUGAUGGAACGAUUACCGGCAAUUACAGCCGAACAGAAAUUCAACAAAAAGAAGUCGACGCAAAUUGAUACGCUAGGGCAAAGAAGUGAAUUCCUAACGGUGGAAAAUAUGCGAGCAGUGACUCCGAAAACUCAAAGUAAAUUGUACGAUGGUUUUACUAAAGAAGGAAAAGGCCGAUAUCAAUACCUCCAGGACAGAUAUAGCAAAAUACCGGAGGUUAAAUUUACAUACCCAUUACUUAGUUCCUGGGAUUAUGGCUGGAGGCUCAGUGAUGUGGUGAAAAAGGAGGAUAUUAAGAAACCAGCGCAUGGCAGAACGCGUAUUGUUGCCGAUACAUUCUACACUAGAAAUGGAGUCGGUUAUCCUUCAGCCAUAUCUGGCUAAUCUUUGAGCUAAUUCAAUGAUUUUUUUUAAAGAUGAGUUUUAAUUUGUGACAAUUCCUAACAUUUUUAAUUAGGAAAAGAACUGAAAUCAAAAUGUGCGAAGUGUUCAAAUAGUAAUUUUUUAAGGCCCGGCUUAACGAACAAUUUCGAAUUUUCGAAAUAAUAUUUUCUGCCGCGCUAUCCUGUGAUACAAGAAAUACUUUUUAUUUUCAUUCUGUUUGGAGAUUUCGGACUAAGGGUGUUCUCGUAAUAUGAACUUUGUUGAAAGAGAAAAUGGACCCGAAUCGAACUGUGAAAUAUAUAAAUCGUUAGGCAGGAAGACAAAAGAACUUUUUGAUACAAUUAUAAUUAAAGUUUUUCACGCUUUUUGUGUGUGUGUAAAGGUAUAUUAUUUAUUUUUUAUCAAAUAUAUGUACAUAAAUUUGUAUUUAUCAGCAUUAAAGAAGCCAGUCAUUAUAAAACA